AUGUCUCUGUUCACGGAGCUCCAGACGCCAGCAACUGGCAAGUAUAAGCAGCCCAUUGGCCUGUUCAUCAACAACGAAUGGGUCGAGGGCGUCGACAAGCAGAAGUUCGAGGUCAUCAACCCUUCUACCGAGGAGGUCAUCUGCUCCGUCCACGAGGGUACCGAGAAAGAUGUCGACAUUGCGGUCGCCGCCGCCCGGAAGGCCUUCGAGGGCUCAUGGCGGGACACGACGCCCCAGCAGCGGGGUCUGUACCUGCUGAAGCUGGCCGACCUCCUCGAGAAGAACGCUGACCUGCUGGCUGCGGUCGAGUCGCUGGACAACGGCAAGUCCAUCUCGAUGGCAAAGGGAGACGUCGCCGCCGUCGUCGGCUGCAUAAGGUACUACGGAGGUUGGGCAGACAAGAUCGAGGGCAAGACCCUUGACAUUAGCCCAGACAUGUUUCACUACACAAGGCCGGAGCCUAUUGGAGUCUGCGGUCAAAUCAUUCCCUGGAACUUCCCCUUGCUCAUGUGGUCGUGGAAGCUGGGCCCUGCGCUGGCCACGGGUAACACCGUCGUCCUGAAGACUGCCGAGCAGACACCCCUGUCCGGCCUGGUGGCGGCACAGUUCAUCAAGGAGGCUGGCUUCCCUCCGGGAGUCGUCAACAUCAUUUCGGGCUUCGGCAAGACCGCCGGUGCCGCCAUCUCCGCGCACAUGGACAUUGACAAGGUCGCCUUCACGGGCUCGACUGUCGUCGGCCGGCAGGUCAUGAAGGCCGCCGCGUCGUCCAACCUGAAGAAGGUCACACUCGAGCUGGGCGGCAAGUCGCCCAACAUCGUCUUCAACGACGCCAACAUUGAGGACGCCAUCAACUGGGUCAACUUCGGUAUCUACUUCAACCAUGGCCAGUGCUGCUGCGCCGGUUCCCGCAUCUACGUGCAGGACGGCAUCUACGACAAGUUCGUUGCCGCCUUCAAGAAGCGUGCCGAGGAGAACAAGGUCGGCGACCCGUUCGCUGAGGACACUUUCCAGGGCCCUCAGGUCAGCCAGCUCCAGUACGACCGCAUUAUGAGCUACAUCAAGUCCGGCAAGGAGGAGGGCGCCACCGUCGAGACGGGCGGCGAGCGCCACGGCGACAAGGGCUACUUCAUCAAGCCCACCAUCUUCUCCGGCGUCACCCCCAAGAUGAAGAUCAUGCAGGAGGAGAUCUUCGGCCCCGUGUGCACCAUCGCCAGGUUCAAGACCGAGGAGGACGUCAUCGAGGCCGCCCACGACACCAACUACGGUCUGGCCGCCGCCGUCCACACCAAAGACCUCAACACUGCCAUCCGUGUCAGCAACAGGCUGAACGCUGGAACCGUCUGGGUGAACUGCUACAACGCCCUGCACCACCAAAUGCCCUUCGGUGGUUACAAGGAGUCGGGUAUUGGCCGUGAGCUCGGCGAGGCCGCACUGGCCAACUACACACAGAACAAGUCCGUCGCUAUCAAGCUCGUAUAA